CAAUAGAUGUUUUUUGAAUACAUCUACAAACUGCUAGCUAAGCUAUAUUUUUAUUUAUCAAAUCUCUCACAGUUGUUUGUUAUCCCAUUUAAAAUGAUUCCAUUACAAUUAGAAGCAUAUAUUUGGUUUUUUAUAAUUAAUUUACGAAAUGAACCACCCCUGGUCAUUCAAAAUAUGCAUUUUGAUGUUCCAACAAUUUUAAAAGAUCCUACAAUAGAAGGGAUCAUUGAUAUAAACAAUAUACUAAUAACAGGGUUGGAAACAAUAGAUAUAUCGGAUGAUAUGACGAAUCAUGUCAAAGUGACGCAAGAAGAUCCCAACCUACAAAUAUUCAAAGUAUGCAUAACUAAUUUAGGAAUCCGUGAAAUGCAUAUAAAUCUUCAAUACUUUGCUGAUAUUGGGGUAAAUAAUACUGUGCCAAUUUAUGGUCAAGGUGAUGUUGGAUUAUCAGUGAGAGAUUUAAAAAUUGAGUUUUGUACCAUGACAAAUAUGGACGAGGGUACAAUAUACGAUAUGGAUUUAUUCAAUAUGAAAUAUCGUCAUGAUGGACCUAUUAUUUUAACCGGUUUCUACAAACAUCCUGAAGCAAAUGAUGUAAUUUCCAGGAUGUUAAAUUUAGGACACAUUCUGCUUACAAUGUGGAAUUCUUAUGAACCCCUAAAAGCAUCCUGUAUCUUAACACCUGUCUUCGAAUUCAUUUUAAACGCCUGGAUUUAUAAUCCAAAUUUAGUUUUUACAUAUAACUCAACAUGCUUGGAGGGUUCAACUUUUAAUUUUUUGAAAGAGUUAAUCGAAGGUCUAAUACAAGAGAUAUCAUCUUUGAAGCCCCACUUAGUUUCAACUACAAACUAUUCUGAAGAUUUUUCAAACCAUACAGACGUGUUCGAUUUUUUAAAUUAUAUUUCCACAUACAAAAAGUAGUGUUGUGUACAUUGUAAAGAAAAAAUUAUUAAUUAUGUAAAAUAAAAAAUUGAUUAGAAAUAUAAAGUUUAUUUUAAAUAAUUUAAUAAAUUUCUUUAAUUAAAGAUAUUAUUAAAAUUAUAAGAAUAUUUACAAUUAAGUAAGUAAGGGCCAACAGCAUCCCUACUCAAUUUAGAUGACAUCUCGCUCUUUGCAAUACAGAAGCUGAAGAGACAGCUC